CAGGCAGACCAACUCCUCCGAAAUCAGGGUGUCUGAAAACUCAAAGAGGACUCUGAAAUUCACUGAAAAACCACAGUGGGGGCUGCAAAAGGAAGAGCUGGAGGAUAUUACCAAGAUGGAGGAGUGUGAGAGUCUCGACUCGGAGAUGACCGAGCUGCAGGAGGUCCGGAGCGAAGCUUCGGAGGCCCUCAGCCAGGACGAUGAAGACGAAGUGGAGGAACUACGAAACAGUCUGCGAGAGGCUGUCCAGGACCAGUCUGUAAAGCCACAACUCCAGUGCCUGAUGGUGGAUCAAUCGUUCUCUAUGGUGACAGUUCAGAGUGAGGACAGCGGUAUUGUUUGGGAGACAGCCUCUAGCCGAUGCUCUACACCCUGGGCCUCUGAGACCAGCUCAAUCUCUGAAUCCUAUAGCAUGGAGGGCCCUGGAGCCGCAGGAAAGAUCACCAUCGUCUUUGAUGAGGAGAAAGUAAUCCGCAGGAGGACAAGGUCCGGAGGAAGGAGCAGGCUUGGGGACAGGCUGAGCCGACCUGGUAGUUCGAGGUCGGCUUCAGCUCUGGGAGUGGAGCGACCGGAGAUGGCGGGGGUUUCUCUUCCUAAUAUUAAACAGGAGAAAAGUGAAACCGAGCCGGACUUGGAGGAAAUCAAAAACAAAGAUCAACAGCUGUUUAGUUUGAUUUCAGAGGGUUAUGAGAUUCUCAACAUCAGAGUCCCCUCCAAACUUCCCACUGUGGAUGAGGAAGAGAGCACAGAGUUGAAGGACAAUUUGUCCUAUUUGGACCAGACACCGAUGAUCAGGUCCCGAAACAUCCUUGACUGGACACAGAAUCAAGCCGUGCAGGAGGAGGGGGAAAUACUGGAUCACAAGGAGCACUCAAAGCAAGACUCUUCUCAGCUGUCAGAGGACACAGAGCAAAGACACGCACACACUCAGAAAGAGAGUGCAGUGGACAUAGACUACUUCGAACCGUUCACCAUGGUUGAUGUGGCGGUGCCUGAGGAACUAGAUCCAGAGCUGCAAGAGGAGGAAGAGCAGCCUGCAAAGCCCAAAGUAGAGGAGCUGGCUGAGGAGUCAGCCACAGAAAGCCUCUCUGCAUCGGAGGACUCCUAUGUCUUUGUUACAGAUGUGGAUAUAGUUGAGGAUCACCUGGAUGAGGUCUUCUACGGAGAAGGAGCUCCUGCUGAUGCGCUGCAGCGGAGCAAUGAAGACGAGGCUGAGGGUGGGAUGAGAAUAAGACUAGAGAGCCAGAGAUCUGUGAAGGAGAAAGGCUCUGUGUUGUUUGGGGGUGAAGACACCAUCCUCACGCCCAUUUUUAUCUCCUCUGGACCCCCGAAGAUCAUCGACCAAAUCCUGUUGGAUGAGCCCACCGCCAUGUCCUUCAUGUACUCGGACCUUUACGAGGAUGCUGUAGGCGAGAGAACGAAGAGCGACGAGGAACGCUCUGAGCCAGAGAGCUUUUCAUCUGAGAAGACUUACAAGAGACGUUUUUCAGAUUCCGAGGAGACGGACGGGUACCUGGAGAAGUUUACGUUGAAGGAUGAUAUUCCCCAGGUGGAGGUUCAACCAGAGUCAGAGGAGGGUCAGAAGGAGGGAAGGAUUAUAUGGUCGCAGAGUAGGUUUGACAUGACUGGAUGUCUUACAAGAGUGGACAAAGAAGAAGAGAAGGACAAGACAAAGACAGAGGAACAAAAGACACAGGAGGUUGUUGAAGAUAAAAGUGAAGAUUUACAAUCAGCAACAUUUGAAGAGAAAGGAGAAGUAGUUGCAGAGACAGAAAAGGAGGAGGCAAUGCAACUCUCUGUUGGGACUGAAGAGCAGGCUGUGGGAGUAGCCUCAGUUCAGGAGAUUAAACUUGGAGAUGAUCAGAUGAAGGACAACGAGGUGAAACAUGUGGUGAAGGAAGACCAGAUCCAGCCUUCUGAGAGCCACACUGAAAAACCACUUCUUGAAGCUCAACAGUUGGACAGUAAAGUACAGAUAACAAAGGGAAGCGAGGAGCAUCAAAGAGAUGUGCCAGCAGAGUCAACUAGCAUUGUUGUAACUGAGCAGCCAUGCCAGACACAGAAAGUUGUAGAAGAAACAGCUCAGGUGGAUGUCAACGCUACACAGGAGACAGCUGCUGCUGCAGCACCCGUAGACAGUGAGGAGCCUCAACUCACCACCAAGAAGAGUUUGUCUGAGGAGACUGCUGAAACUGAGAUUGUGGCUGCUAAUGAGAAGGCAGAAAUUGAGGCCAUAGCAGAAGCUCCUGCCGCAGCAAAAGAACCUGGGACUGAAGGAAAGGAAUUGCACACCUCUACUGAAACAGAGACAUCCGCUGAAACAUCGAUCUGUGGGAAACAAGAAGCAACAGAAGGUGUUCCUGAGGAUGUUGCACCUGUUGAGGUCAUCACUGACUGUGAUUCUGCAGUACAUGCGUUAGUGGAGGUAACUGGAAAAGCAGAGGGUGAAAAAGAAAUCCAAACUCAAGUUCAGAUUGAUCUUCGGGAAGCAACAAGUACUGAGACAAAAGACAUCCAAACAGCCGCUCCUGAAGUAGAGGACAUCACUCUAACAGAUGAAACCGCCAUCAAGAGCCAGUCCCCUGAAUUGAUUAUUGAUAUUGGUGAAGCUGAUCAGGAGCCAGAGGUUAAAGCAAAGAUUUCAAGUGAACCAACCAAACCUGAGAAGCCAGAAGAAGUCAAGACAGAUUCACAGGAAACACAGCAUGAGUCAGUUCCUGUCAGUGAGCUCACACCUCUAGUAAAAGAGGAAACACCUGCUGAGGACACUGGGAGUAUUGCUCAGGAGAAGGUGAAUAUAAACGAUGACUUCAUCCUCCUUGUUCCCAAAGGACAAACUGUAGAGAUGGACAUAGAGUUCAGUCAGUUAUCAGAGCCUAUAAGUGAUACAGUAGCUCUUUCUGAACCCGACAGCAUAUGUGAACCUUUAAUAGUACCUGAAACCACCACAAUAUGCCCAGAGUCUGUUCAGGCUCCUGAAGAAGGAACAAUGGUAGAGCCUCAACUGGAAGUAAAACCAGAAGUUGCACAGCAGGAAGUCAAACCUAGAAAUGAGAUAGACUCUCCUCCAGCAACCGUGGAGGAGCAUCCAAUAGCAUCUGAACCCACCACAGUAUGCACAGAGACUCUUCAGGCUCCCAAUGAAGACACAACGGUAGAGCCUCAACUGGAAGUAAAACCUGAAGUUGCUGAGAUAGUAAUACUACCCAAAAAUGAGUUAGAUGCUAAAUACUCUAUUCCAGCAUCAGUGGAGGAGCAUCCCAUAGAAACUGAACCCUCCACAGUGUGCAUAGAGGCUCUUCAGGCUCCUAAUGAAGAAAUAAAACAUCUGGAAGUAGAACCAGAGGUUACACAACAGGAAGAUGCUCUUCCACUAAAUGAGUUAGACGCUAAGUACUCCCCUCCAGCACCUGAACUCAUCAUAACAUGCCCAGAGACGCUUCAGGCACCAAGUGAAGAAACAAUAAAGGAGCCUCAACUGGAAGUACAACCAGAAGUUACAGAGAUAGAAACACUACCCAGGAACGAAGUAGAUGCUAGGGACUUUACUCCAGCAACUGGAGAGGAGCAUACUGUAGAAUCUGAACCACAACAGUAUGCACAGAGACCCUUGAGGCUCUCAGCUCCCGAUGAAGAAACAAUGGCAGAGCCUCAACUGGAAGUAAAACCAGAGGUUGCACAGCAGGAAGAUGCACUACCUAGAGAAGUGUUAGACAACAGGGUACUCUCCUCCAGCACGUACGGAGAAGGGCAAAGCAGAGGAGCAGAAGCCUUCAGUCCCCAGGAGGAUUUGUCUGAGCUACAGCAAGAGGAAAUACAGUCAGAAGCAGCAGAUGUAGAACAAAAGGUAGAUAUGCCCACUGUGGAAGAUGCCCCAGAAACAAGCCCUGCUAAAGAGGAUUUCCUUCCAGAGAUUGAUCUGCACAAAGAGGAUGUACAACAAAAGAUGGAGCAAGAUGUGGAAGAUGUUGAGGCUCAAGAGGACAUUGUUGAGGAGCUUGGAUAUGAGAUAAUAUCUGAACAGGAUGGGAAAAAGAUGCCUGAACCUGAAACACACAGAGAUGCAGAGGAACCAAAACAGGAGUGUGGUCAGGAGAAAGAAGAGAAGAUGGAGAUGGAGGAGGCGGAGGAGAAAGUCUUUGGUGUGUCCCCUGAAGAAGAGGUCAUUGAGGCUGAUUAUGACAUUAUCGACGAAGAGGAGCAGAGUCAGGCCCAGCUGGCUGCAGAGCUGCAGGGGAUGGACUGGUUCUGUCUGACCUGUGGGUGUCUGCUGUCAGAGGACGACUGCCGGUCCGGUGAGCAUCACGACCACGAUGUGACUGCUACUGACCAGGCCUAUGAGGAAAUCAAGGAGAAGCUUAGUGACUGGAUCUCAGAGCUUCAGGGCAGGUCGGAGAACAUCGAGGACCUGGUGUCUGAGCUCGAACUGGCCUACAACUCUGUUGAGGACCAGUUUGUGGAGAGCGAGGCAGCGAUGCAGGCGCAGAAUGAGGAGAUGAUGGCUCUGGUGAUGGAGCAGUACAACAACAUGUCUGUCAGCAUGGAGGAGGAGAAGAAAGCCAAAUUGGAGCAGCUAUACGACCAGAUUGUGUCGUUCCAGGAGAGCAUCGACUCAGCCAAGGCCACUCUGGAGACCACGGCCAGAGAGGCUGAGACUGACGCUCGGUCACCUGAUGAAAUUCAUGCAAGUCUUAAGGCAGCUCUGGCCUCAGCCAUGUCACUGGAGCUGGGUCCCAAGGGCCUGCUAGUGUUCGAGGAUUACGCCAAGGGCAACACCUCCAGCUCUAACCUCGCACAGCGCAAAGGAAUCCCAGUGCCUCAGAGGCCCACGCUGCAGGCUCAGGAGCCGGGCUCAGCCACCAGCACCAGCGUCACUGUCUACUGGAGGGUCAACUCUGGAGACAUUAUAGACUGCUUCCAGGUCUACUGCAUGGAGGAUCCACUAGGAGCGGUGUCAGAGGAGUACCGUGUGACGGUGAAGGAGAGCUACUGUGUGCUGGAGGAGCUGGAGCCUGACAAGACCUACAAGGUGUGGGUGAUGGCCGUCAACUACACAGGCUGCUCCCUGCCCAGCGAGAGACUCACCUUCAGAACCGCUCCAUCAGUGCCAGCGAUCGACACAGAGCGAUGUACUGUCAUGUGGGACUCGGCCACGCUGCGAUGGAGCUCAAGAAAACUAACUCCAGAACAGAGUUACACCCUGGAGUACUGCCGCCAGUAUGAGCUGGAGGGAGAGGGGCUCAGGUCCAUCUCAGCUAUCAAAAGCUGUGAACAGAAGGUUCUCCUGCAGCCCAAUGAGAAUUAUCUGUUUUACAUCAAAGCUGUGAAUGAGUCUGGAGCCAGCGAACAGAGCGAGGCUGCCCUCAUUUCCAGCAAAGGGACGAGGUUCCACCUGCUGAAGGCCUCAGCUCACCCCGCUCUGGAGCUGUCGGUGGAUGAGACCACUGUGCACUACUCUCAGGACGCACACGAAAACACACAACCUACAGACAAACAGUAUCCAUCCAUCCUGGGUGAGCUGUUGCCGGCACAUGGACAUUACUACUGGGAGACCGUCGUAUCAGGGAGCACAGCUUACAGGAUCGGAGUGGCAAACAGCACAGCGGAUAGAAACAGCCCACUGGGAGAAAACAGCCUGUCCUGGUGUCUGCAGUGCAUCCCAACACCAACAGGCAGCAGGUAUCAGCUGCUGCACAAUGACAUCCAGUCCAGUGUGUUUGUGGUCGAGAUGCCUGAGCGGGUGGGCACUCUCCUGGACUACCAGCUUGGUCGUCUGUCUUUCUACAACGCCCACAGUGGGCAGUUGUUAGGCUCUUUCUGCCAGCGCUUCACCCAGCCGUGCCAGCCCGCUCUGGCUCUGGAGAUGCCGGGCAGCCUGGAGGUCAGCAUGAUGCAGGAGGUGCCUGAGUUUACCAAGGACAGCUAGCUUUCACACUCUGAAGAGAUUACAGCUCACAUUGGACAUAAUUUGAUUCGAAGGAUCUCAUCGUAUAAUUAUUGAAAUGACUAUCACUGAGAAAUCUGCAGAUAAGGCAGGAUGUAAAAGAUGCCAAUUCUUCUCCCAUUGGUUUGUGUGUUUUUAGUUUACCUCAACAACAAAUCUUCUCUGAACCACCAGAUAACCAGAAACAAACCCAACCCUUAUCCCUUUUUUAAGCAGAAACUGUCUUGUAAAUACCAAAAUCAGUGAAAAAGUAAUGAUGAAAAACAACUGGAUAGAAAAGUAGUGCCUUGCAUUUGUUCUCACAGGUGAGUGUCUUCUUUUGUUUGGUCAAAGGCAAUGUUUUGGAUCAUUUUGUAAAUUUGACCAUAACAUUUGCUGAUGUGAUUGUUUUUUUUACUCAUUUUUUGCUUUCUCCUUCUUUAUUUAAAACCUAAUAGAAGUCAAAUACGUAUUGUACUCGUAUAGUGUAGUAUAGUAUAGUAAAGCCUAUUGUUUUGGAGUUUAUAGCUCCAAGAAACAUACUGUGGCACUUUUGAACUGUAUUUCAUAUUGUGAAUUUGUGUAAAUAACCUUUGUAUCAGAUGUCACCUCUUCUAUAUUUUGUUAUGUGCGACUGGUUGCAAGAGGAGAUGAAUUGUUUUUCUUUCUGUGUAAUCUGAUGUUAACAUCUGAGCUGAAUUAACAUGUUUAUUUUUCUAUUUGCACAACCGGA